UUUAUGUAAUCAUCCUUUCGCGUUUGGAGCUUCCUCGGCCGCUUGGAACAUGUUAAGAACUGUGGGACUGCUGAUUAGCAUUGUACGGUUACCUGCUACAACGGCAACACUUACGAGGCACAUACAUCGGAGCGAAAUCGGAUAUGCCGGUCACUCGAAAUGGCAAAACAUACGACACGUGAAAGCGUUGAACGAUGGGCGCAAGGCGGUCCUGUUCAUCAAACUCUCCCGCCAGAUCCGUCUUGCGGUGCAGGCCGGUGGACCUAACCCAGCAGUGAAUAAUGUACUCCGGGCGACGAUCGACGAAGCGUUGAAGAAAAAUAUGCCAAACGCCACCAUACAGGGCAUUCUGAAGAAGAGCACCGCUCAGUCCGCGGAACUGAAAAAGUACAUACUGGAGAUCAAAGCCCUCGAUCAAAUCAAUAUUGUUUGCGUACUGUAUACGGAUCGUUUCACACAACUGAAAAUGGAAAUGGCAACUGUUCUGAGGAAGAAUUUUGCUCUUUUCUUCGACACAAAGCAUGCCUUUGAUGAAAUAGGGUUCGUGGAAGCCAUUCCUCCGGCAGAGGUGCAAAUCGAAGAUCUUACUUCGGUGUGUACGGAUCAUGCAAUCGAAAUGGGUGCUGAAGAUAUCGAGGUGAUGCACGAUCGACGGGUCAGGUUCCUUUGCAGUUUUCGUGAUGUUGAUAGGGUAAAGAAAGAGUUGGACAAGUUGAACUACAGCGUGGAGCACUGCGAACAAGCCUUUUUUCCAAAGUCAACCAUCAUGCUUAAUGCUGAGGCAAUGGAGGCAUACGAAAAGCUGAAAGAUAAACUGAAAGCAAUGGACGGUGUGGAAGAUAUCUACGACAACGUGGAAAUGACGGCGUAGAAAAAUAACACUCGUUUUCACUAAGACAACAUGCCGGCGAUUUUACAUUUAUUUGAAUGAAUGACUCGGGUUUAAUGCUUAAAUGUAACAAUCAGCGCAUCGAGCGGUGCUUAAAGUAAGACGAAACGUAACACAUUAAUUGGGGACGUGCGCUUCUACUGUGCGUGUCCCUGUCACUACUCAACGGGACUGGGCAGAUCCGAAGCUCCGACUCACUGUCUGGCGUUGACAAUCUGAAUAAACUCGGGCUUCAAGGAAGCGCCGCCAACUAGGAAACCAUCAAUGUCCGGCUUGGCGGCCAGCUCGCGACAGUUUGCGGCCGUAACCGAGCCACCGUACUGAAUGCGGAUGCCGUUCGAGACGUCCGCAGAAACGUUCUCCGUGAACCACUUCCGCAAAGCGGCAUGCACUUCCUGUGCCUGCUCUGGGGUGGCGGUCUUGCCGGUUCCGAUGGCCCACACCGGUUCGUACGCAAUAACCACGUUGCUCCAGUCUUUCACCUGGGCGGCGAUGGCUUUCGUCUGGCGGAAGCACACUGCUUCGGUUUGACCGGCUUCGCGCUCCUGCAGCGUCUCGCCGAUGCAAGCGAUGACCUUCAGUCCUUCCGCAAGGGCAUGGGCCACUUUCUCCGCUAUCAGCUCGUCCGUUUCACCGAAAAUGGCACGGCGCUCCGAGUGACCCAGGAUAACCCAGCCCAGGCCGAGAUCCUUCAGCAUGGCGGGAGAGAUUUCACCGGUGAACGCGCCCUUCGAAACCUUGUAGCAGUUCUGGGCCGCCACACCAAUCGAUUGCGGUAGCGAUGAGCGCGCCAGCGACAAGUACGGUGCAGGGCAACCGACCACUACUUCGGUAUUCGGGUCCAGCGGGCCGGCCGACAACAAUUUGCACAGUUCGGUGAUGCUGGCCUUGUCGCCAUUCAUCUUCCAGUUUCCUCCAACGCAGAACUUACGACCCAUGGUGGCUGGUGAUGAUCCGGUUGAAACUGUAACCGCGAAUGCGAAUUGUGUAACCGAUCGCUGCGAAAUGAAGCGAGUUUGGGCGAAGGU